CUGUCCGGCGUCCGCACGAUGACAGCUGAAACCGUCAACAAAAACCAGACUGUGUCUGUAGGUAUUGCAUAAACACAGUCGACCAUUCACGAACACGCCGAACCGCGAACAGCACGUGGUGGUCUAAUAUUAGAGCGGCUGCGAGUUCCGACUGGAGUCGUCUUUUAAGCGUAUUAGUGCUCGCUCACAUGGACUGUUUGUUGGAUUUAUAAAUGUUUGUUACAAGUUGUUGUGUGAGAAUAUACAAUGAUCAUCAGCCGCAAGUGCAGGGAAUAUGUGGCGGCACUAAGCGCUACUCUGAUCACGGCGGCGGCUGGCACCACCGUGGCCUGGACCUCGCCUACCCUGCCGAUACUACUUGACAAAGACUCCCCGAUACCAACGACUAAAGAUCAGAGCUCCUGGAUUGCUUCUCUCAUGAUAUUAAGCUCAGCCUUCAGCCCCAUACCUGCCUCGUAUCUCGCCGACAGAAUUGGCACGAAGAAGACGCUGCUCCUGGCGUCAGUUCCCUACAUCAUCGGCUGGAUCCUGGUGAUGCUGGCGACCAAUGUGCCGACGAUAUACGCUGCCCGCAUCAUAUCUGGGCUUGGCUAUGGCAUCGCGUAUACAGCAGCCCCCAUGUAUCUGGGCGAGAUAGCGUCUGACGAGGUCCGUGGGGCGAUGGCCACGUUGAUAACGGUCAUGUCAAAGUUCGGAAUCCUGUCACAGUACUGCAUCGGACCCUACGUUUCCAUGUUGGGUCUCGCCAGCUUCAAUAUAGCCAUACCAAUUCUGUUCGUUGUUACGUUCAGUGCCAUGCCAGAGUCGCCGUACUAUUAUCUUAAGUUGGGAGACAAUAAUUUGGCCGAGAGAUCGCUGAAACAGCUCCGAGGUCGUCAAUACAUGUCCGAAGAACUGGACAGUAUGACGCACCUCGUGAACGAAAACAUGAAGGAAAAGAGCCGUUGGAAGGAUCUCAUCACCGUUGGUGGAAAUAAGAGAGGACUUAUUAUAUUGUUAGGAAUAUAUUUCACCCAGCAAUUCUGUGGCAGCACAGCGAUUAUAUCAUACGCUCAACAAAUAUUUGGCGCAGCGGAAGGAGGAUUAGGUGCCAAGGAGUCCUGUAUUCUAUUUGGUACCGUCCAACUACUGACGUCAGCAGUAUCGUCUCAAUUAGUCGAUAGAUUAGGAAGGAAACCACUGUUGUUAGUGUCGUCUUGUGGCGUUGGACUGGCAAAUGUUAUCAUCGGAGCCUAUUUCUUCAUGAAAUACGAAAACAGUGAAUACAUCGCUAGCGUAAGAUUCAUUCCUAUUGUUGUGAUACCUAUAUUUAUAUUUUCUUACACAAUCGGCCUAGCGACAGUCCCAUUCGCGAUUACUUCGGAAAUAUUCCCAACACAUAUAAAGUCGAAGGCAACUUGUAUUAUUCAAAUAUUUGUGGCUUUAAUGACAUUCGCAGUGACGAAGCUAUAUCAAGUGAUCGCGGACAAUUUAGGUAAUUUCGUCGCGUUCUGGUGUUUUGGUCUCUUGUCGAUUGGUGGUGUUAUAUUUAUAUUGUUUCAAUUGCCUGAGACAAAAGGUCAGUCCUUUGCUGCUAUACAGGAAAAGCUUUAUUCAAGCGACAAAGUUGUAUUUGAAAAAAGGGCAGGCAGCAUGGGAAGAGUGAAAAUUGAUUUAUGAUUGAUCUUAUCAACAAUGUUAAAUGUAUUAGUGUGUUUGUACUUAAUAUUUCCGUCCUCUAUGUAUUGAAUCAUUCCGCACACAUUGAUGCGACAGAUGAUUGGUCAUAUUGAUUAACUGUAAUAUAUCUUAAGCAUUAUUAUUCAAUAGAAAUCUUUUUUUUUACAGACGUGGAUACAUUAGCAAUAGAAAUCGUCUUAAUGAUUGUAACAUUUAUAAUAGUUUAUCACUUAUUUAUAAUUAGUAGGUAGAUAUACAGUUGCUUAGUUUUAAGGGUUUCCAAAGUAGAUUAGAAUCUCGUUGUAAUUUCUCAUAGAAUAUAUUUUUAAAGUAAUUUGACGAAAUAUGCCACAGUUGUUACGUCUUCCUCUAAAAGUAAAUAAUGCGGCCUUGAACGAAUUUUACAAUUUUUUAUAACCCUACUUAAAUAGAUCUAUUUUUGUAUAUAUAGUAUUCAUUAUAAUAUAUAUAAAGUUUAUCUGGUAUUAUAUUAUGAGAUAUAGAAAAGUUUAAAUAGGCAUUAUUAUAUGAGAGCUUUUAAUAAUGUUUGUUCUCAAAACUGUCUACUGUUGCAAUAUUGUACCAAAGUUGAAAUCUUGAUAUUAAAAGAUAAUUGCUUGUUUCCGUAUUACUAAGUCUUUAUAUAACAUGAGUAAUCCCUGAUUACAUACAUAAUAUGGUUUAUUUUUAUUUCGAUUAUUUGCUUGUAUAAAGUUAGAAUUAAAUAUUUUGUUAUUUGUUAUACUUUUUGGUUUUGUAGUUUGAUUUUCAGGCAAUAAAUUGAGUUUAAGGCAUUCAUUGAACUAACAAACGUAUUCUAGAUAGAUUUUCUUUAAUUGAAUGGUUUAAGGAUAAAUUUUCAAGUUUCAUGCGAUAAUUUAUUGUUUUGAGCCUUUGUACUAAAAGUAGCUACUAAAUUAAAUCUUUUAUUCUUUGAUUAGAUAAUAGGUAAUACAAAAAAAUUAAAUAUGCGUAUGUAAUGAAAUUUUAACUAUUAACUUUUCUAUGGUUAGACAGUGAAUGCUUAAAUAAUAUAAUAUUGUAUCCAGCAUUUUAAAAAUCUAUUAAUAUAAUUUUUUGAAGGUUAUAAACUUUAUAAUAAGUUAAGAAUUAAGGAAAUGAAUGUGUAUUAAAAUAAUUAAUGUAUUAAAAUACGACGCCAAAAUACGAGUACUGUGUUCGACACAGGCUUGCCUCUUUAAAAUAAUGCCAUAUAGCCCCGCGGGUUGGAACAGGGAUGAAACCUUGUCAUAUUAACUGUCACGUCACUAACGCUUCUAAGAUGGCGACCUCUCCCUCUCUCAACUUGCGGGGAUUAUACCUUCUAAUGCCACGCAAAGCGUAUUUUUUUAAAUAUUUUAUAUGGUACAUUUAUAAUAUUUAUAAAACAAUUAAUAUCGAAUAAAUUAAAGAGCUUAGCGUUUCUAUUUGUGAUGUUGUACAUUCCUAUAAUCAUAUUGUAUGUACAGUGCCAUGUCAAUAUGUUUUAAUAUGGCCAUAAAAUUAAUACCUAUAAAAUGUUGAAUAAAAUAUUUUUCUAUGUUAA